GGCUGCUGACGUCACUACCAGGCCCGGAGCCGGAGCUGCGACGCCGCCGAGGAAGGCGCGAAAACCCCGCGAGCCGCCCCGAGAGGGAGAGCUCUCCCUCCGCCUCUUUCCCUUUCCCACCCCGUCACGCGAGAGCGGAGCGCGCGCAGAAACACCCUCGCUGAGGCGAAGAGCGCUGCGGAUUCCGACGUGCGAGUCCACACACUGGACGCCGCCCCGGGCCGAAGGGCAACACAGUCCGCGCUUCUUUCCCUCGGCAAAGGUGGUCGCCGCCUUUUUCAGCCCUUAAAGACAUCCCUCAGGUAAGGAAGUUGCCCUCUCUCUCCCUUCCCCACCUUCCGUUGUUUCAGAGCUGCUACUUUUUCCUUCUUAAACCAAGAGCGGAGAUUCGUGGGGAGGGAUAGUUUUCCCCUCUGUAAUAAUGCGUCUUUGUCAAGUUGCCCGUUCUGAUGAUGACUUUUUACUGGCUCAAAUUUCAGUAUUAUUUUUUUUAAAAAAUGCAGGAAAGCUGUUAUUUGCCACAAGGAAGUAAAACGUGGGCUAGAGGUGUCGCAGAAGAGCUGGAUUAAGGUUUUUUUGUGGGUCUUUGCUGCAGCAGAGAUUGGACAGGUACCCACAUCUGAACUUUUUCAGGAAGGGAGCGUAUACUGAUAGUGAGCUGUGAAGCUCUAGGUCUUACUGGCAAAUUAAAAUUUAACAUCACGUGCUCCAAUAAGCUCUUAACUCGAAUGUGAAAUUGCUGAUCUUCUGACAAAAGUAUGUGGCUUGUUUCUACUUUGGGCGUUAGCACCUGAGAACUAGAAAGUGGCUAAUGUAGCAACAUUUUUUUUUAACAAAGAGGGAUGUAAGGGGGAAUCUAGGAAACUGUAGGCAGGUUAGCUUAUGUGUGAAUGAGUGUAAAGGAAAAUAUAAAAUAGAAUUAUCCAACAUAUAGAAGAAGAAAUCUUGCUGAAGAAAAAUCUGCAUAGUUUUUGCAAAUGUUAAGUCCUGUGUCUCACUAACCUUUUAGAAUUGUUUUAGAGUGUCAGCAGACAUAUGGAUAAGGGUGAACCAGUAGAUAUUGUGUACUUUCAAAAAGCUUUUGCCAGAGUCCCUCACCAAAGGCUCCUGAGUAAGCUUAGCAACCAUGAUACCAGAAAACAAGUAUCCUUAUUGACUACUAACUUCUUAAAGAACAACCAGCAGAGAGUUGGAACAAAUUGGCAGUUCUUAGACCAGAGGGAUGUAUGAAGUUGGGUUGUUGGCAUCUGUCUAUCUUGAGAAACAAUGGACUGUGCCUCUGGUGGUGAGAUCAAACCAUUGGAGAAUCACAGCACCUGCUGCAGCUGCAGAGACAGGUAGCUUGUAACUUGCUGCCUCCCAAUAUUGUUUUUGCUGCAUUAGCAGCACCGAAGUGGCCUCACUGGGGCACAAGCCUGGACACUGUGAAUGGAGGUCCUGGGCUGCCCACACUACAAGAUCCCCCCCUCUCAACCCAUCCUGGAAUGAUCUCUCCAGAAAGGCUUGGGAUUCUAUGAAAGGUGCACAUCAUGGGCACAUGGAAUACUAGGAUUUACUUCUCUGUGUUUGCAUUUCCAGAACUGAGACAUUGGAGAUUGCAGGGGUGUCAGCCAGAUUCAUAGGCCUUUGGUCUGAGUACAUCUGCUUUUUGCAGGCCACUGAAGAAUGUGUGGGCGAACAGCUGUUGUACUGGGAGCAGAUCGUAUCCGCCGUGCCUGUGAAUACCGUGAUAAUCAAGGAAAGAGAAGGUGUCCAGAAUGGAAAAAUGCUGACAAAUAUAGUCCAUCCUACAAUAAGAGCCCACAGUCUAAUAGCCCUGUGCUUCUCUCCCGACAACACUUUGAAAAGGUGAACCCCCCAAAUAUUAGAUUUGUGCUUAGCGUAACUUUCUGUUCAGCUACUUUUACAUGUAUAGGUGCUUUAUGUUAGCUUUGCGAGAUCAAAAUUUCACAAAUAAGGGGAACUGUGACUGUCUGCUCAGUGGAGCAUUUGUGUUCCAAAAUUAGAGACAUCUGUUAUAUUCUGUAAGUCUAAUCAUCUAGAAUAGAGAGCUUCUGAAGAAGCAGUCUUUCAGAGUAAGACACUUGUCACUCUUUGCUUUAUACGUGAGGCCAAAUUUUGACCAAUCCAUCUUUAUUUAAGACACAGAUGUGGAACUUGUGUUGCUGGACUCCAACUCCCAUCAGACCCAAGUAGCAUGGCCAGUGGUCAGGAAUCCUGGGAAUUUUCAUUCAACAAUGUAUAGAGAGCCACAGGUUUUCCCAUCCCUGAUUUAGGGCAUUAUGGUCAAUGUUGCCUUCGUCAAUGACUCCAGCAAUGAGGCAUGGUUGCAAUAAUAUUUAAUGUUCACUGUGUUUCCAGUAUUGCUGAGGGAAUGUUUCCGUGUUUCCAAGACUACCAAACCAUCUUUCAGCAAAAUACAGUUUUGGUAUAUCAGUGGGGAGAUGGUGUGAAGGUGUUGGAUUCAUAUGAGAUGUUAACUGCAGCAGCCCCCUAUAGAAACUUCCCACUAUCCAACAGUGUGUUGAGCUGGAUGUUCUCAGUAGCACUAGAUCCAGCUGACCCCCGUCAUGCCAUUUCAUCUUCAUAAGCUCUUGACUAGUGUUGAUAGCAGCCCUAGUAAAGGAGCCAAGACUGAAGUCUUUGUAUCCAGGCAUUGUGAUGGCAUCACACAGGUCUUUUGCAAUACAUAAAUCAUUUUCUUUUCCUUCUGCAUCACCCUAUUUUUUCAAAUAAAAGUUAGAUUUAAAAGUUUAAUAAAUAUGCUUACAUUCAUCUUUAUAUGUACAGUGGUACCUCAGGUUAUGUACAUAAUUCGUUCCGGAGGUCCAUACUUAACCUGAAAUUGUUCUUAACCUGAAGCACCACUUUAGCUAAUGGGGCCUCCCGCUGCUGCCGCGCCGCCGGAACACAAUUUCUGUUCUCAUCCUGAAGCAAAGUUCUUAACCUGAAGCACUAUUUCUGGGUUAGUGGAGUCUGUAACCUGAAGCAUAUGUAACCCGAGGUACCACUGUAAUACAAUCAUUAAAUAACAAUUCUGUAUACUGAGAAAUUACUAAUAAUUACAAAGCUUACAUUUCAUUUAACUCAAUCUGCAUAGGCCUUCAUAUGGAGGAUUGAGUUGUUAGUCUAACUGAGAGUGAUAGGAGAAAUGUAUGUUGGGAAGUGAGAGAUAGAAACCCUUCCAUCAGCCAGAGAUGAUUAUUUAUCUGUAAUGUAGCAUUAUAGUCUAAGCAGGCUUCUCUGCACUACCUUGUUUCCACAGGGUGCUAUAAUUGUGUGUGGUGGUGGUGGUUCUGUUUAAAAAACAAAUUCCUGCUCCAGCAAACAGACAAAUACAAUAUUGGAUUGGUGGUUAAUUAUAUUUUCUGAUUUGCAAUAAAGCUGAGUUCUCAAAUCUUGGAAGAUAAGCACUUGUUCUGACACGAUUUCACUCACAGUACAAGAGUAAAAAAGGAAAAAAGUGAAUUUUAAAAUAAUCUGUGUCUCAAAAUAGUAUAAAUGCACAAACCUGAAGCCCCCGCCCUGUCACCUUUUCAAACCAAAAAUUUGCAAUCCAUUUCCUCUUUCAUUUUCCUGCCUAGACAGGAAGCUGCCCUAAGUGCUUGUGGUUUAUUAGUUCUUUCUCAAAUGCACAUACCAAAGGUAUCUUGCCCUUGUUGGCCAGAGGAGCACAACAUCAUUGCCUUGUCUAGGCAGAAGAAGAGGGUGUAUAUGCAGGAGUGUCGGGUGGAUUUCAAAACAGCAGGGAGGUCAGCAAGUUGGAGGAGUGAAUGGGUGUCUGGAGUCCUCGUACACUGCUCUUCUACCACGGAUGUCAAUAAACAUUUGCUACACUGUAUUCCUUAACAAACUAGUUUCAGUGGUAUUUACCAUUAAGGAAAAGUUAUCAUACAUAUUGAUUCAAUAUUGAAUUAGAGCUUGUGCUGUAUUUUCUGAUGUUUACAUGUGUAUGCAUGCUUUAAAAUCUCAGACCAGUAAGACUAUUUUGGUAUUUGUUUUCAUUGAAACCAUUUUAAAAGUUGCCCUCGGGAUAACACCGAAACUGAAUUUGAAUAGAAACUGGCAAACAGAGAAAUGAAACCCGUUGGUCUGUUUCAAUUGUUUCAACUGAGAAAAAUGAAAGAAAUGACUCAUAAAAACCGGAAGGUACAUUGUGAAGAGGGUAAAAUAGCAGAUUUCAAAUUCUGACAGCACAAUCCUACACACGUUUUCUAAAAAUUAAAUCCCACGAUGUGUUCUACUUGCCUGUUUUCAAAUUGUAUUUUUUAACGUGGCUUGCCUGGCUAUAACUCAUGUCUAAUUUACCCUUGCAUUUUGUUGGUUCCUUCUGUAACUAUUGUAGUCAUAUAGUAGGGUCUCAUCACAACACAGAAUUAGAGCAAUGAAUCCCAGAGCUGUUAAAGUGAUAAUUAACUUGCUGCCUUCUUUUUAAAUAUAAAACUUGGUAUUUUUGUCAGUAACCGACUUGAUUAGAAUCACUUUGCUUAUAUAAUGAGAGACAAUGUAGAAAUCUAGUACACCCUUUCACCCCAAUCUACCUAGGAGGUAUAAGUGUAUAGAAGUUUGCAUCUCUAACUGGACAAAGAGCUGCUUGUGCAAACAGGCGCUCCACACACGUUUUCCAAAUCUGAACACCUGGGGCUGUGCACCCAGCCCAUUUUAGAAAGGUAAAAAUCCCUCCAGUUUGGAAAGGUGAAUUUAUCAACCAUUUUCUGCAUUCCAACAUGAUUUUUCAGCAGGAAUUUUGCUGUUUUCUGUGUUCACACUGUACACACUGAUUACUCUGAAUCUUCUUUCUGUGUUUUUGGAUGCUUCUCAAUAUUUCUUCCUGUUUCCACUUUAUUAAAGGAUGCCAACUCUUCUGAACGUGUCCUUGUAGCUAUGCGUUGGGGGCUGGUUCCAGCCUGGUUUAAGGAAGCUGACCCAUCUAAAAUGCAGUAUAACACUGCAAAUUGUCGGAGUGAUACCAUGAUGGAGAAACUUUCCUACAAGGUUAGUUUUUGUGUAGCCUUCCAUUUGAAAAUAAACUUCUUCUUUUUUUUGAAAGUCUGUCUCCUCCUGGCCAUGCUAUUUACGGUAUGUCUUUUGAGCUAUACACAAAAAGUGAAGCUUUUUCCUAGAGGUAUUCAUAACAGUUGCCUUGCCGCACCAAAUGUAAACAAUUCUGAACUGCAUGCUGUGAACACAGCAUCAUGAUUUUCCUGAAAGGGAAGAGCCCAGCAGGUGAUAGCAUUUCACAUGCUGUGCUUGACAGAGCAGCUUCAAGAUAACUGGCUGUUUGGUAUCUGUGCAGGUUCGAUUAGAGAAGAACAUAAGUAAUGUUGCUGGUAUGGGAGGCUUUGGGAAAUACAAUAGCAGAAGUGGAAGUCUAUGAAAACUCACUGGAAAAACAGUUUGUUCUGAAUACUGUCACCUCUUUCCAUUUGCAUCCCACCAACUUCAUACACACAAAUGGAGGGUCUCUAUUGGGGGGAGGGGGGAAGCAAAGGGUCAUGAAGAAGUAACAUGCAUUCGACUGAGGAAAUGAGAGAUCACACUGGAAAGUUAACCCUCCUUGUUUCUCUGUAACUCAUUUAUUCAUUCAUUCUGUCAGAUUUCUUACCCACCUUUCACCAAAAUGUCUCAAGGCAGGUAACAGUAUAAUCAUACUAUUAGAAAAACAGGUAAACAGUUCCAAACAAAAACAGCUCAGUAUAGAUUAAACAAAAUGGUGGGUCCUCAAAAACCAAAUAUCCUCACUAUCAAAGUCUAGAGUAAAGAGGUAUGUAUUCAGCAUAUAGUAAAAGCUACAUGAUAAAAAUGCUAGACACACCUCUGUGAGUUCCACAACAGAGAGGGGCCCACUUCUGACCACCUUUUCCUGCACUUUUGAAGGAUGGUGGAACUAUCAAGAGAGCCCCUUCUGCCAACCUUAACACCUGGGAGUCUUUUCCUCCAGCAGCACAAGUCAUCAUCUAACUGUGGAAGAGCCCCCUCAAGGGCAUGUUGCCAUCACACAGCAGUUUAGUCGAUGUUUAGGAGGGGAAACCUCAUUGUUCCUCUGACUUUGUAAAUCUCUCAUUUUCCAGCCUAUAAACACAUUCCAUACUUCAACACUUCCUUUUUAUUUCUGAGCACAGUAAAUGCCCUAAAAUAGCUAAACCCCUUGACUCAGUAUUAUGUAGAAGUUGGAAUAGGUCAUGGAUAAGCUUCUCUCAGAGCAUGCUAGACAGUGCCUUUUAGCACGUAGAUGGGUGUCUUUCUCUGGUCAUUAAGUAGCAUUCUCAAACACUUGUUCAUUAAUGUUGGAUUCGGGAUGCAGGCUUGAACCUUUUUUCAGUUCUCUGAAAUUGAUCAUGGUAUUGACCCAUCCCUGGAAGAAAUCAUUUGCUAGAGAGGCGUUGCAAGGCUGUCUUAUGUGAAAUGAUUUCACCAGUGAAAGUGCCUUAGCACUCAGGAAGUGUGAGUCGCAUUGGUGCUAGGAAUAGAAAAGCUUUCAUAUGAACGGUUGGUGCAUCAGACUCCUGAGAAAUUGGAGAAUUUGCACCAUGCAAAUACAAAUUUAAUUAACAACAACAGAAUGCGAGGUGGUAUGGUGCUUGUUGGCAGCAAGACUGUUUCUCCCCAGUUUCUCCACCUGCUUCACAGCUCCUUUUGAGAGCCUUUGAAUGCAGAUCAGCUAGCUUUGUUGCCAAAUUCUUCCGUUCCAAAACACAACACUGAACUGCCUCUUACUAUGUUGCUGUCACAGUCUGGGCUCUUAAGAGCAGAACUGAGCAAAGUGCACUGGACCCUUUCUUUUCCUCCAGUGACAUAGCCUUGCUGCAAUUGCACAUGCUCCCAACUUUUUGUGAGAAUUUUGUGUGAUGCUCCGAUAGUGUGAUUCCUGUCAGCUCUUCCAUCCUAAUUUCUCUGACUACUUCUCGGAACAGGAGCAUGGCAAACCUUGGGGAUUCCUCCCUGUUGCUCUCCUACCUUUUUCUAUGUUACAGGUGUGUGUUCCUCUUUUAAUAGGUGGCUUUGUCUUCAUAAAAAUUCAACUUUAGAAAUGUAUUACAUUCGAUCCUAAAAAUAAGAUUUGUCCUCAAAUCUUCAUGUAGAGGCACAAAUAAGACUCAUAAGACCUUGUGGGAAAGUGGCCUAAACUCUCAUCUACAUUUCUGGCAGGGAUGAGCAGAGGCUUGUGUAAGGAAGGCCACUUUAGGAUACAUCUCUGAGAUCAGUAAAAGCAUCUGUUAGGCUGAUAACGCGAGUUAAUUAGAAAGGUGUAACAGCUAGAACCAGAGUAGAGAAAAAUACAAAUAAGCACUCUAAAGGGAUGGUAAGGAUUCUUAAACAUGACUUGUAAGUGGAAAGCUCACAAACACUCAUUAAGGAGCAGAAUGAUAGGGGAAUUGUUCCUCACACUCCGUAUAUGUAGAAACCGUUGCAAUAGUAUCCCCAAAAAGCACCUGAGCUGCACCAGGAACUAGCACAAUUGUAGGACUGUUGCCAAUCACCACCAUUUUAGAAUCCCUGUUGUGUUAGGAAUGUCAUUGGGUCAAUAAGUGUAAAUGUAGUAAUUAAAUUUCUGUUUCCUUCCAAGGAUUGUAGUGAAAACAAAUGAGUCUGUCAAUUUUGUCAACAGCUCCAUGUGAAUUCACAUUUGCUCUGAAGAUCAUUUCUUUAGAAUCCUAUGUGAUACUAUUAAAGUUGUCCCAUCCCAAAUGUUUGUUUUUAACUAUUUGACGUUGCAUGAAUUACCGGUAAUAAAACUUGCUCCCCCUUCCCUACAUCUCUCUCUCUCUCUCUCUCUCUCUCUCUCUCUCUCUCUGAAAAGGGGCCUCUGUUAAAAGGCAAACGCUGUGUUGUGCUGGCUGAUGGCUACUACGAAUGGCAACAACAAAAUGGACAGAAGCAACCCUAUUUCAUUUAUUUCCCCCAGACCGAGGAUAAAAAGGUACAACAGCAAUACGUUCAUAUUUAAUGCUGAAGUGCUCAUUGGCUCUUUCAUUUUCAUUUAGUUUCCCUGGAACUCUUAACUUGCUUCAGAAGGUUUUGGCUUUAUUAUUUUGGUCAGACUGCCUUUCCCCAUGAAGCAAGGCCACCUGAGGGUAGCUGUUGCUGAAGGUCAUACAUUUCUGUUCUCCUUUGGCCAUGCUGAAAGUUCAGCAUAACAGUAUGUCGGAAUUGUUCAUCUUUUAUACAUGUAAUUUUUAUUAUUUCAUUUCUGAAUCUCUUCCCAUGAGGCAUCCUGAAGCAAUUUACAAUAUUUAAAGUGUUUUUGCAUUGCCGUUCAAUUCAAAAUUCCCAGGACAGUUUAAAAUAACUGAAUUCUUUUAGUUACUAAAAGAGUACAAUAGAAUGCUAAAAGCAAUUGCAGCAAAGUGCAGAAUACAUCACAGGUUAAACCCAUAGGGAGAAAUGGGUAUUUGCCUUGCACCUAAAAAUAAACAAAAAAGGCAAACCUCCCUAACGUGAGAAUAGUCACCCAGAGGCAGAUUUAGGCGUGUGACCAAUUCAUUUGCACUGGGCAUGGAGUCUCAGGGUUGCCGCAACUUUGAUGUAGAAUGGAAGGGGGGAGGCACUGAAUUUUGGCAUUGCACAGGGUGCUGCUGAAAUCUGAAACCCCAAGAUCUGCCCCUAUAGCCACACAACUCACUACAGAUCAUGAAGGGAACCAGAAGAAGACCUCUGAGAAGAUACUGGCAGGUUGAGGUGGGAAAUGUGUACUUAAGUAGCCAGGUCCCAAGCUAUGCAAGGGUUUAAAGGUAAGCACCAUCAGUUUGAAUUGUGUGCAGAAAUAGACCAGAAUCCAGUGGAUCUCUUUAAGAACUAAUGAGUAGUGAUUACAAUUCCUGGUUCCCAGUUAGUAGCCAGGCUGCUUUGUUGUGAACGAAAAGCAGUCCUGAGAGUCUUCAAACACAGCUGCAUGUACAACAUGAUACUGUAGUAAAAGGUUACCAGGCCAUGGAUAAGUGCAGAAAGUUUGUUUUAUUCCAAAGGGGUGCAGCUAGUGUACCAGCUUCAGUGGAUGAGCAGGCUCCAUGCUGUUGCGACCACUUUAUCCUCUAGUACAGGGGUAGCAAAUGAGGUGUCCUGCAGAUGUUUUUGGACUCCAACUCCUAUCAACGCCAGCAUUGCCAGUGGUCAGGGCUGAUGGGAAUUAUAAUUUAGUAAAAUAUGGAGGGCACCACACUGGCUACUCUGCUCUGGUGACAUAGCUAGAGCAAUGGACAUUUCUAACUAGAUCAAAGCAUGUUGGGAGCUGACUAGAACACAAGUGGCAGAAGUCUCUAGGGAAAUGUCACUGAAAGUACUCCCGUUAUUGAGCUUACUCUGGUUGAGCGUAGGAAAUACUUCUCUGCACCUUUGAAUCCUUGGGGUCCUAUCUAGAAGAGCUUUUCUGAGUGGCUUAGUGUCUAUUCCAGCUUGGCCCACUGGGCGAUGUUAGUGACAUGUUUGUUAAGCACUUGUUAAGGAUGAUGUUUCUCAUAUCUGCCUCAGCCUAGAUUCUACUGAUUCAGCAGUUCAGUCUAUUGAUGUGUCCAGAGCACCAUCUAGUCUUGGGUUAAAGAAUCAAUUUCACAUAUUGAAGUCUGAGGACUUGGAGAAAAGCAGCCUAUCAGUGUUUUCUCAGCUUGUGGCCUUAGCUUAUUACAUCUAGUAGGAGAGGGAUAAUCUGGGUCUAGAAAGUAAUAAAAUUGCUUGUUAUAAAGAGUCCCGUCUGCCUUGAAGGAGGUAGUUGUGAUGCCAUUCUUAAAGGAACCCUUCUUGGACUCCAAUAACUGCAGUAACUAUUAGCCAUUUGCAAAGAUGCUUAUGAAGUGUUGCAAUGCAACUCCCGACAAUAUGGGAUGAAAAAGACCCUGUGGAUCAAUGAAUGGUUUUGGCGCAGAAACAAUUUUGGAUAACAUUCACUGGGAGAAGGACAUGCCCACUGAGAUUCUUCUGUAUAUCUCAGCAGCUUUCAGUACUAUGGACCAUACUAUUAUUCUUGAUUCGUCUUCUGAGUCGGGGGCACAGUGUUUCUGUCAGGGUCAGCCCACUCAUUAAGUAAUGUGAAGCAGCCACCUCGGGCAACAGAAACCCCCGAGCUGAUGCAUGACCUGCCUCUAUCGCUGGUGGAAAAGCAGCCCCAGCAUCAGCACUGAUUUCCCACAAGAUCUUGUGAGAUUUCAUCUUGCCAUAAAUUGGCACAGAUACUGGCACAGCUACUGGCACAGCUUCUUCAGUGGUAGAGGCACUGAAGAUGUGUGGCGCAGGGACAGGUGGCAUGGCACUUCCUGCUUUGCCUCAAGUGGCGAAACAGGGCUUGCUGCCCCCGGUUUCCGUGGUUCUGCUUGUAGCUGAAGUGCCAGUUCUAGGACUUCUGAGCAGCAAAAUGGCACCUAUGCUGUGGCGUCCUGCUGGGCUAUUGUAAACACACAACUUAUGCUCAACACUAGUGUCUUUUUUACAUCAAAUGAGAGUGAAAUCAUGGACAUGUUGAAUUGCUGCCUGGAGGCAGUGAUAGUCCUUAUGAGGCUGAUGGUCCCAAUGAGGGCUAACAAAUUGAAACUUAAUCCUGAGAAGAUGGUAGUAUUGUUGAUGGGUGGUUCAUCUAUCCGGGGAGGUGUAUUCAACCUUCUCUGGAAGGGGUUGUGCAUUUGAAAUAUUUAUGUUUUUUUAAAACACGAUUCCUUAAUUUUGCAGCUCAGCAAACCAGAUAUGGAAGGUGAGGAUGAAGAUUCAAAGGACAGGAAGUUACUCACCAUGGCUGGUAUUUUUGAUUGUUGGGAGCCCCUUGAUGGAGGAGAAACAUUGUACAGCUAUACCAUCAUCACAGUAAAUGCUUCAAAAGAUCUAAGUUCCAUCCAUCACAGGCAAGGGAGAAUAGCUCAAUAAGUGUUUGGUGAAAAUCAUAUUGUACAGUGGAACUAGUUGAGAAUAAGGCUGCUUAAGUCUCAAUUCCCAUCACUUCUGUGUACCAACUAGUGUGGCAUAUGAUUUUUAUAUUAUAUAUAAAAAAUAAUCACACCUCUCUCUAUAUAUAAUGUAUAACUUUUAAAGGAAGGUCAGAGAAAUACCCCCCCAAAAAAACAAACAAACUCCUUUGUCCUCUUAGAGAAGAGGAUCUGAAUAGAAGUUACUUGUUCUGAGUUUUGGCUCAUAAAGAAUUAUGUUUAUACUAUAUUUUGUGGUUGUCAUUUGAAUUAUUCCAAAACGGUUACCUGGCAUCGUCAUUCAGACCCCUUGAAAAAUAGGGCCUCUUUUGAAUGAUUGUGCUGCAAAUUCAUGCAGAUCUUAGUUGCUGAAUUUUCCUUCCUUUAUCUCCAUCUAAUAUUAGGAAUCUGAUUCUUAUUGAUGCUUCAACUGUGGUGUGUCGUCGUCCCCCAACCAUAACAUGCUGUAUACUAAUUUGGGUUAUUCUGUUCACUGAGAUCUGUAUUGUUUAACUUGUUUAGAAUGCCAGCUGUCUUGGAUGGGGAUGAGGCAAUCAGAAAAUGGCUGGAUUUUGCAGAAGUACCCACACAAGAAGCUGUUAAGCUUAUCCAACCCACAGAAAACCUUGCUUUCCACCCAGUCUCAACCAUAGUGAACAAUUCCAGAAAUAAUACACCAGAAUGCAUUGUACCCAUUGAACUGGAGAUCAAGAAGGUAAGAUUUGGGAUUUUAAGGUUUGGGAAAAUAGGUAGGGUUAUUAUUCUCACGUCAUAUUUAACUUCAACUAGGGCUGCAUUCACACCAUACACUUAAAGCACCAUGAUACCAAUCCAAUCCAAAUCACUUUAUUGUACUAGCCAUUGGCCAUGACAGAGCUGAAUGAAAAAUAAAUACAAGCUAACAGGGUGUCGCACCACACUAUGAUACCACUUUCAACAGUCAUGGCUACCCUUAAAGAAUUAUGGAAACAAUAGUUUGAUAAGGAUGCUGAGAGUUCUUCCCCUCACAGAGCUACAAUUCUCAGAGUUGCCUAGGAAGAGGAAUUGAUUGUUAAAACACUCUGGGUAUGGCUCAGGGAGGAGAAAUAGGGAUCAAAUAACAGCUCUCAGCACCCUUAACAGACUACAGCUACCAAAAUCCUUUAUGGGAAGCAGAUUGUUUAAAGUAGUAUCACAGUGCUUUAAAGGGGUGCUCCAAAAACCAUGAUGGUAAUAGGUAGAUUCUCUAAACUACUCUCAUCAUUCCUAAUCAACCUUUAGUUCAUGAUAGUGGUAUACUUUUCUAAUGGUCCUUGUUCUCUGUCUCCUAGGAUACCAAAGUCAGUGCAAGUAGCAAAAUAAUGAUGAACUGGUUAAAAAAUAAAUCUCCCAAGAAAGAAGAUGAUUGCGACGGCUUACCAAGAUGGUCCAGCCAGUUUAUCCAAACCACACCACCUAAAAAGACCAGUUCAAGCUUAAUACACCAGUGGCUCAAGAAGGAAGAUGGAGAACCUUCUGCAAAGCAUCCCAAAAUUCAGUGACUUAUUGUUACUUGCACUUUAUUCUUAAAACACAUUUGGCAGUUUCUACUGAUUUGAAUUUGUGGAGUGGGAUUGCAAAUAUUCUGACUAUGUGGGCCUUGACAUUUAACACUUUUUCUUGUCUGUAGUACAAACUGGGGUGUGCAUUUUAUGUACAGUGUUGCUAUUCCCCUGCCAACCUUGGGAGAGCAAUUGUACUUCAAAUAUGUGAGACUCUUAAUAUAUUUCUCCUCCUAGGAGAGAAACAAAGAUUCUGUAAGGCAUGUUUCUUGUCCUGGUGUCCAUCCAGUACACUUAUUGGAUUCUUUGGCGAGAACAGACCACCGUUACAACUAAGAUCUCCUGUUGCAAAAAUAAAAAUAACUGUGUUCUUAAAGCAUUAUAAAUAUCUUCAUGUUCAUCUUAUGUGGCGUGGGGUGUCUCCUUCACAUACUUUGUAAGUAUGAGCUGUAUUAGUGGGAAACUGCUGUGGUGGUAUGUCUGUAGCUACUGUUUUAAUUAUAACUGCCCAAAUUUGUGAUGAGAAAAUGAAUAGCAAAAAUUCAGUACACUGGCAUUGUAGAAGGAAUGAGAGUUUGGGCCUAUUUUUCUGACAUCAGACUUACUCAUAGUCGGAAUUGUACAUGUUUUCAUGUUUUAAGCAAGGUUGCCUGUUUCAACAAUAAGAGAUACUUCUUUUCGUUUAGUUUCUGGCUAGCAGUGUUCUUGGCAUAUCAAAGGAUUAUUUUGUAACCUCUCUUUUUAGUACCAUUGAGCUGCUCUGGUACUCUGCUGUGUUGAACAACACCUGCUAAAAAUUGAUCUUCUAAAAGGGACAAAGCACAUGCUGUGAUGUUUGUGGUCUUAAGUUUUGAAUAAGCAGGUGCAAAUCUUACUAAAGCUCACUAUUUGAGCACAGUUUAGCAGAAGCCAGGCUCUCUGGAAAAACAUUCAUUGCUUUUAUUUAAAUAAUGGUUGUAAAAAAUAAAAUGCGUUUCUAUCUCGUUAUUUUUUG